UAGUACCCAGUGGUUGCUCGAUCGGUGAGCUCGUUACUCGGCGAUAGGAAAGUCGCCUGCGUCCGUGACUUUGAACCCUCGAAACGUUCGUCGACAUUGCAGUUUGACCGAAUUCUUGGCGCUGGCAUGCCAGGUCACGUGUACGUCGCGUAUGCGAUAGUCGACCCGGAGGAACGUUUGAUAGUAGCUUGUAAAAUGAUUUCGUCGAGGAGAUAUAUAUGUUAUAGAGCAUGACGGGUUUCCAGGCGACUUUACCAUUAUUCCAUGGAGUUUCUGAUGGCUUUUCGCGAGAAUAUGUGACCGCGCGAAUUUUAUGGAGCAGCUAAUGAUGGUCAUCGAGAGGAAAUAUUAAGUGUAUUUGUAUUUAGAUACUUUCUACAGCUCCAAGUAUAUCAAAGAUGAUAUUGUACGGGGAUUAUGUUUUUGAGUGAUUCAAGUGUUGGCAAGGAAUAUUAGUUACAAUGCGCAGGGAUAGAAAACGAUGUGUUGGUGUAUGAAAAUUGGUUAUAUGAAUAUGUAAAAUCCAAAAUAGUACAGUUUAAAGACCUCAAUUGGUUAGAAUAUUGAGCGCACUCGAACUUGUUCACUUUCUGCCAUUUCAAGUACAUCUUGAAGCUUCUCUUAUUUUGUCUAGAUUGUAUACCGAAACGAUUCAACUAUUUCUUCGUACAUAUACUUCUACACAUGAACAAAAACGUUGGGUGGGCUAUCGUUUUAUCCCGCACUGUAUCCCAGCGCCACGAGUAACCGCUGAUACCGCCGUCCGAGUUUUCGUUUAUUUUGCAACACCCUGUUGCCAAGGCGCCUCUCCCGUCAAGCUAUCUCCAAUUACGUCAAUCGUUCCUUUUUUUUUUUUUUCUUCUAACAUUCUUGGUACGCAUUGGUGAACUAUCAGGGCGCGUAUCGGAGAUCAGAAAUGGUCACAGUCAAAGCCAGACGGAAGAACCGCCUCGUCUUCUGCUCUUGAUGACGCGCGUACGUAGUUAACUCGAGACCACCUCCGACAGUCAUUGAUUCUGAUCGUCCAAGUCCAGAGACCAUGAAGAGGAAGAAAUUGUUCUCGAGAGUGUUCAUCGUGUUCCGAACGAACCAAUCGGAGUGAAUUCCGUUCCAGAGACUUUGAAGCCUGCGGAUUUUGUGGACAUCCUCUGGUGCGCUUGGUGACUCAGUGUUUCGUGUUCUUCAGUUUCUGUCCCCGUUGCGACGGUUCGAAGGUAGUGGCGAAGGUAAAUAGGAUCGAGAAUUUCGAAGAAGCUUCGGUGCUUCGGAGCAUCAGUGACGCAAAAUGUUUCUCAACGAGACGAUGUUGAUAUUUGCUGUUACCGCAAACCUUGUUGCGACCAUAAAAGAUAAACAAAGCCUCCAGGCUGUCGACAAUCAUAUCGACAUACAUAAUGUGACGACCACUACUUUGUCGCCGGAAGAAGAGGAAAAUCGAUUCGACUUCCAGGACAGCUGGUACAUGUGGAGGUGCUUCGAACCAUACGGUUGCUUCUACAUCGGUCCACCAUGGUCGGGAGGAAGUAGACCAGUUUCUUCGUUUCCUGCACGCCCAGACAGCAUCAACCCCCGUUACCAACUCUAUACCCGUACCAACCCUGAACAACCCCACGAGAUCAAGAUUGACAAAUUCGAAACCAUUCGGGGGUUGCCGUUUCGAAAGAAGAAUAAUCUCUACAUGAUCGUUCAUGGAUUCCUCGAUAAUGGCGAUACAACAUGGGUCUCGAAAACGAUGAAAGAGCUACUGCUCCGAGAGGACUGCAACGUGGUGAUCGUCAACUGGAUCGGUGGAGCAGGUCCACCUUACACCCAAGCCGUUGCCAAUACGAGACUCGUCGGUGCCAUGACAGCCCGUUUGGCGUCUCAGAUGAUCAAAAUUGGCGGAAUGGAUGCGGCCAAGAUGCACUGCAUAGGGCACAGUCUUGGCGCCCAUACUUGCGGCUACAUCGGGUACUUCAUGCGACACUCGUAUCAACAUCAACUUGGAAGAAUUACCGGCCUCGAUCCAGCCGAACCGCAUUUCAGCAACACGUCGACUAUGGUACGACUGGAUCCGACGGACGCCACAUUCGUCACGGCCAUCCAUACCGAUUGCAAUCCUUUUAUCAGCGGCGGCCUCGGUAUCACCCAACCUGUCGCGCAUAUAGAUUUCUAUCCAAACGGCGGUCGCAAUCAGCCCGGUUGCAACGAGAGUGUUUUGAAUUCAAUCACCUUGGAACGUGGGAGCUUCUUUCGAGGCAUCAAGCGAUUCCUAGGCUGCAAUCAUAUACGCAGCUGCGAAUACUUCAAAGAGAGCAUCAACUCAGCGUGUCCAUUCUUAGCUGUUCCUUGCUCCUCAUGGAACAAGUUUCAAGAAGGCAGCUGCUUCGAUUGCGUGAACCAGUACUGUCCCAGGUUCGGAUUGGACGCUCAACCAGGAAAUUACCAUGCCUCUGUUUACCUAAUGACGAGCUCGGAGAAGCCGUAUUGCAGGGGUCACUACAGGGUAACGAUAAACAUCUCCAAAACAAACGAGAGUUUAGACCACGGUGGCGAAGUUGGCAUGUUCGUUAUCCGAGUUCUGGGUGAGAACAAGGAAACGGAAAAGAUGAAACUCAGCUCACAUUCCAAAUACUAUGAGCCAGGUAGCACUCACGUAGUCGUGCUGGCUGGUGAAGUGGUCGGCAAGCCUGAAGCGGUUGAAAUCUCCUGGGAAUACCAAGCUUCUGUCUUCAACCCUCUCACGUGGAGGCUUCUUCACACUCCACGUGUCUACGUUGACUCGUUAGUUGUUGAUAGUCUGGAAGCUGCUCAUGGGAUCACAGUGUGUCCGGACGCAACGAAAGCUUUGAUUGCCAACGAGCCUAAAAUGUUUACAGCGAAGAACUGUCAAAGCGUUGAAUUAAACGUGGUUUCUACAUAAUAAUAUACUCCAUCUUUGACCUACCCCUACGGAUCUUUAAUUUACGAUUUAAUACGACAUAAAUAAUACGAUUUGAAUGUUAAUGACUCCGAAAGUGUUGCUGCGUAAUGCUUGAAACAGUAAACAGUGCAACAGUUUUACGAUUAAAAACUGUGAAUAGUUAGUCAAAUGUAAACAUAAUUGUUUCAAAUAUACUCUUAGAUGGUAACUGUUGCAAGAACUGUUCGACGAAAUAUAUAGCAAAGAGUAUCGAUAUUGUUUUCUUAAUUGUCAGCAGCUUUGUUCUUCGACCGCGUACUGCGUCUGCUUUAAAUUAUUAAAUAAUGGUUGGAACUGGAUUAAUUGGCCGCCACUCUUCUUCUAUGUCACCAUGGAAGAACGAAGCACUUAGUGGUCUUGAGCGGUGAAUUAAUUCUGUCGUGACUUUAGACUGCGCAAUGCUGAUUGCGUUUCGUCCAUAAUCUUCAAGAUAUGCAUGAAAGGAAGGAUAUAAACUAUUUUUACAACUUUCUUAAUGUGAAAUCUGUAUUACUUUUGUUUAAAAAAAAUAAAAUAGAUUUUUUCAUGCUAUA